AUGCAUGUCCAAUUUCAGAAAUGGCAAAGACAAGAGGAGGAGGACAAGUUGGUUCUCGUCAGAGUAGACGUAAUCAAGGCUUCUGCAACAACACUAAAAGUGAAGAAAAGAACAACAAAGAAAACGACUUCCCCAAAAAAGAAUUUAGUUCUAACGCCAACGAGAAGAAGUAGUAGAAUCAAGAAAGUGGCUGCUCAAGAUGAUGAGGUAGAAGAUGUAACACCUGCUCAAGAUGAUGAGGUAGAAGAUGAAGAUGAUGAGGUAGAAGACGUAACACCUGCUCAAGAUGAUGAGAUAGAAGAUGAGGCUGAUCAGGCUGAGAAGGCAAUGUCUGAAGAUGAUAAAGACGAUGCUGGGAUAGAAGGAGAGGAUGAAGAAGAUGGAGUAAUCAAUGAGAAAGAGAAUGAAGAAGAAGCGGCCAAUAUGGAAGAUGAUGGAGUUCUCAAUGAGAAAGGGAACGAAGAAGAAGCUCUCGAUAUGGAGGAAGAUGGAGUUAGCAAUGAGAAAGGGAACAGAGAAGAAGCUCUCGAUAUGGAAGAAGAUGGAGAUAGCAAUGAGAAAGGGAAUAAAGAAGAAGCUCUCAAUAUGGGAGAAGAUGGAGUUAGCAAUGCUCAAGAUGAUGAGAUUCCUAGUACUGAAGGAGUUGAGCUAGCAGGGGAUGGAGUGAAAGAAAAAAAUAAAAGAGGACCAACAAAGAUGCGUAGAGUGGUUGAAAAUCCUAAUGAAAAGAUUAUGGUCACAUUCAAUGACUUUGGUAAUCAUAUUGGACCUGGUUCAGUAACACUAUCGUCUUUUCUUGGUCCUCUUGUGAGGGAACAUGUUCCGGUUACACUUGCUGAUUGGAGACAUCUUGAUGCAGCGACUAAAGCAACAAUGUGGGAAGAAAUUCAGGGGAGGUUUAACUUGCAAGAAGAGUGGCAGAAAGCUGUUAUUUUCAAGCAGCUGGGAAAUUUGUGGAGGGAUGGAAGUCGAGGCUAG